AUGGAUACAGUCAAUUGCCAGAUAGCCUUCUCUUUAGAACUGCCUAAAGCUUUCUCCUCAUGGGAUGAAAGCAUUAGGAAAAAUUGGCAUGGAAUCAGGAUUCCUCCCUCCUUUGGGCAAAAAGACAAUAUGAGGAAGGCUGCUUCCUGGUCCCCGCCAAAUCUUGGUUGGUUAAAACUAAAUUUUGAUGGUGCUUCUAGAGGCAAUCCGGGUCCUUCAGGCAUAAGAUAUGUAAUUAGAGAUCACACAGGAGCAAUUCUAGGGGGCGGAGCUAGCAGGGGUCGCUGUGGGUCUAAACGUGGGGCAGAGCUAGCAGGGGUCGCUGCAGGUCUAGAUGUGGCCGUGGCAGGGGUCAUCCUCCGAGCAGAGGCCGUCGGAAAGGGUCCCCUUUCCCUAGUUUCCCAGAAGGCAGAUGGGCAAUUCUCCUACUGUCUUCCCAAUUACCUCUCUGCUCGUGCAACAGGGUCUCUGAAUUUAGGGAAGGACUCAAUUCCAUCCUCUGUGAAAGUCUACACGCCCAUGCAAAAAGAGCCCAAGUUUGCUUCAAGUGUAUACAUCUUGGGACUGGAAGGUAUCAGCGUGGGAGGGCAACGCUUAAGCCUGGUGAAACCUGUGUACAAUGCUUUGAGAGCUUCCUUCGAGGAAAAGAUGAAGACAUACGCACCAGCUGUUAAGCCCGCCUCGCCAUUUGGAGAUUUUCAACCAUGCUACCAGUUAUCCAACAUAACAUCUGUGAAAAUCCCAAUUGUUACUCUUCAUUUCAAAGGCAAUGCCAACUUCGAUGUCCCUGCUGUGGGAACUCUGCUUCAGGUUUCAAGUGAUGUGGUGUGCUUCCCCUUUUCACCCUCUCCAAAUGACGCUGUGAACGUCAUUGGGAAUGUCCAGCAACAGGGUAUUACAUUGGCUUUCGACAAUUUAAACAACAGAAUUGGCUUUGGCUCUGGUUCUUGUUAG